AUGGCGCUAUGCAACCUAUUCCUCGAAGAAAAGUUGGUCUAUCAAAAUCCAAUCAUCCCGUCACUCGUGUUUGUGCAAUGUCUGAUCAAUUCCCAGGCGUGUGAUGUCUGCUACCGCAAGAGGAUCAAAUGUGACGGCCAGAAGCCCGCUUGCUCCCAUUGCGUAUUAUACCACUCGGAGUGUACUUUCGAGGCAGCCAGUAGAAAAGCCCGCGGUAGAAAGCAAAAGACCAGUAAAACUGCUGAGGACCUACAAGCUCGGGUGGAGAGUCUUGAAGCCAGCCUGAGCCAAGCUAGACAGAGAAUCUGUGAACUUGAAGACAGGGACGAGGUCAUUGCUGUUACGUUUGACCCUCCCUCGGCCUAUGACAUCCAAGCAGCUGAUUUCAACCGCAAUGGGCCCUUGGAACUGCCGCCCCAAGACGAGGUCAUGUCUGCGGCGCAACAAUAUAUCGCUGGUUUCAACUCAGCCAUCCCACUAUUUAAUCCUGACGGAUUGUUACGUCUCAUUAAUAGAUGGUACCUAUCCUCGGAUCAAAGAGACUACACUACCUGGGCGGCUAUCAACACGGUGCUCGCGUUGGUUCACCGUCAGACACCGCCCGAAGAAGCGACGCCUGGCAAAAGCACGGCCAAGUACACCAACAACGCCCAGUCUGUGCUCACCAAUGUCGUCAUGGGGGAGACGACGCUACUUACCAUACAAGUUCUCGUCGGAAUGACCCUACUCUUGCAAGGGGUUCAAGACUUGAAACCUGCAACAAUGUUGAUCGCCAUGGCUUUACGCCUGGCGCAUCAGCUAGGGCUACACACACGAGAGAGCUCGGCGUGCCUCGAUAGUAAUGUCGCGCUGGAAAAGUGCCGUGUGUUCUGGAUAGCAUAUAUACUCGAUCGGGACAUCAGCAUGCGAACCAAACAGCCACCUAUCCAGCGAGAAAUGGACAUCGAUCUAGAAUGGCCUUCGUCUGAUCCUCAAGAUGGGGCUGGCUUUUUCAUCGGUGCCGACGGCAUAUCCAGUUUCAAUUUCUUCUUAUCCCGGGUACAAUUGGCUCAAAUUCAAGGAGAGAUUUAUGGCGCCAUGUAUUCAACAAGUUCCCGGCGCUUGAGUAGUCACGAGAAGCUCGAGAAGGUAGCCGUUCUCCGUUAUAGGCUAGACGACUGGUUCUCUCGGGUGCCGCAACAAUUCCGGCCCGAGGCCAUAUUGAGUUCGGGUGAAGUCAACUCAUGUAGAUGUUUUGGCGUCCUCUUCGCUACUCACCUUUUCUGCCGUAUCUCCAUAUGCCAGGUUCACGUUAUGGAAAGCCGAUGGCUUCAGACGCUGCAAGAUUUUGGCAGAGAUGCCGUUCGAGAUGAAGUGGUCUCACCAGCACCUGCACCAGUUGGUUGGCAUGAGCUUGUCAACGAGUGUCGUGAAUACAUGAAGCUAUUCGCUGGCAUUGGACAAAAAGAUCCCGCCUUCAUUUGGAUGACUGCUUGCACUUACAUAUCUGCGGGAGUUUGUUUAAUUGCUAACAACAUGUUCAACCCAUACCAUGAGAAUAUGGAAUACGACGAGUGCCUGGCAACUAUUUCAUUCUCUUUCUUGGACGAUAUGGCUCGGCAAGUACCCCUUGAUGGACUCAAGAGGGCACUGGAGUCAUGCGAGGUGCUGCAGCGUCAGGCUUACGCAGUCCGCCUCCGUAUAUCUAAUCAGGAUUUGUGCCAUUGA